AUGCUCAGGAACCAUCCAGUACUUCCCGGACGCAGAUCCUCUCUCCCGGAUGCGCCGGAUUCGGGCGGCGAAGCUGCCAGCCCGCGGAAGUCUCUGACCACGAUUGAGGAAGAGAAGGCCGCCGAGGCCCAGCGCAAGAGUGAGGAGAAGCGGAAGAGCGAAGAGCAGAAGGCAGAGGAGAGGGGUAGGCAGGAGCUUGGUUUGCCUGAGGGCUCCAGUCUGCCGAUUCUCGACGCCGAGAGGAAGAACAGGCUUUCCUUGAGCUCUCUCAAGAGUGUGGGCAAGAACAUAUUCAAGAAGUAA